AUGCAGCGGCUACCAGUAAUAGAUGGACACAAGUACGAGCCAGAAGGCUCUAUCAGCGCCUCGGGAGAGGCAUUUGGAGUCGCAGUGAACACGGCGGCUUCGAGGGCACUUGCCCUCCUCCAAAAUGCUUUCUCAGGUCCUCAGAGACUUAAGUCUCCUGAUCUGCUCUUUGGGCCGAGGGGCGACUCACCUUGGCUCGUCGGUGGCAAUUGUGGAGGCCACCUGACCAACCUAAUGGUGACUGACUGCAGUGGACUGAGGCGGCUGCACCCCGACAUUGCCCGGUGCCUAAGAGCCUAUCUGCCUCUGACGCGAAGCCUUAAGACGCUCACCAUCACAGUAGCGACGUUACAGGCUUCGGCGAAAUACAUCAUAGAAGGGCUUGCCGUGAACGGCAGCAUUGAAGAGCUCUUCAUGAACGAUUUUAAGGCGCAUGAAGAGGACGUGCCCUUGCUUUGCGCAUGGCUAUCGAGGAGCCAAAAAGUGCACAGUGUCCAGGUGUUCUUCGAUCCCAUCACAAAGGGAUUGUUCCUCCAGACACUUGCGGGAUGUAUGCAGUACAACCACACGCUCACAUCCCUUUCCAUUGGCUGCCAACCCUUGGAGAGCGCUCACGGGUUGCUCGUCAAGAACAUAGUAAGUGAACGAUUCAUGUUGUGGAUGCUUCCGUCCGAUGUGGGCGCAUUUCAGAUUCAGCUCUAUUCAGGCAAGAUUUCUCUUUAG